AGGUGUAUUUGUUUCUACAUGAGAAAUUAAAAUGUCGACGCGAAAACUUUUCAUUCAUUAGUCAACCAGAAUAUAGACAUUCUUUGUUUGUAAAAAAAUCUUGUAAUAAUUAAAAAUCAAUUAUCAAAACUUAUAGUUAAAUGUAUUAAAUAAAGAUUGUGUGUGACAGAAACAAAUUAGUGUGAUCUCUUGAUACGGGAAAAUAUAAUCAAAAUGGAUAACGGCGAGCAAGAUGCUGGGUUCCGAUUGGCACCGAUGUCUCCGCAGGAGAUAAAGCCAGACAUUUCACUACUCAAUGAAAAUAAUACGAGUAGUUAUUCGCCCAAACCUGGAAGUCCUAAUCCAUUUGCCAUCGGAUUGCAGGCAAUAAAUGCAGUCGCUGCCGCGAAUGCCAAUAACCAAAAUCAAAUGUUGCAAACUACGCCACCACAACAGCAGCAGUAUCCACCAAAUCACCCCCUUAGUGGUUCGAAACACUUGUGUUCCAUUUGUGGAGACCGCGCCAGUGGAAAACAUUAUGGGGUCUACAGUUGUGAGGGUUGUAAAGGGUUCUUCAAACGUACAGUACGCAAGGACUUGACAUAUGCUUGUCGUGAGGACAGAAAUUGCAUUAUAGAUAAACGACAAAGAAAUCGUUGCCAGUAUUGUCGUUAUCAGAAGUGUUUAGCUUGUGGCAUGAAACGCGAAGCGGUCCAAGAGGAACGACAACGUGGUACUCGUGCUGCUAACGCUAGAGCUGCUGGUGCUGGCGGUGGAGGAGGAGGAGGUGGUGGGGUAAGCAAUGUGGUUGGUGCUGGCGGAGAAGACUUUAAACCCAGCAGUUCAUUACGUGAUCUCACUAUAGAACGCAUCAUUGAAGCCGAGCAAAAGGCUGAAUCUCUGAGCGGUGAUAACGUGUUGCCCUUUUUGCGCGUUGGCAACAAUUCCAUGGUACAACACGACUACAAAGGCGCCGUAUCUCAUCUCUGCCAGAUGGUUAACAAACAACUCUUCCAAAUGGUUGAAUAUGCACGUCGAACACCACAUUUUACACAUUUGCAGCGUGAGGAUCAGAUACUAUUGUUAAAGGCUGGCUGGAAUGAACUGCUAAUUGCAAAUGUUGCCUGGUGCAGUAUUGAGUCUCUGGAUGCCGAAUAUGCCUCUCCUGGUACGGUACAUGACGGUUCUUUUGGUCGACGUUCACCAGUACGUCAGCCCCAACAACUCUUCCUUAAUCAGAAUUUCUCGUAUCAUCGCAAUAGUGCUAUUAAGGCCAAUGUUGUUUCGAUUUUCGAUCGUAUCCUCUCGGAGUUGAGCAUCAAAAUGAAACGUCUUAACAUCGAUCGCUCGGAGUUGUCGUGUCUGAAGGCAAUCAUACUCUUCAAUCCAGACAUACGCGGUCUGAAAUGUCGAGCCGACGUUGAGGUAUGUCGUGAAAAAAUCUAUGCCUGUCUGGACGAACACUGCCGCACAGAACAUCCAGGUGAUGAUGGCCGCUUUGCUCAGCUACUACUAAGGUUGCCCGCAUUGCGUUCCAUCAGUCUCAAAUGCCUCGAUCAUUUGUUUUUCUUCCGUUUAAUAGGCGAAAGAGCAUUGGAGGAAUUAAUUGCUGAGCAAUUGGAAGCUCCUAUCUGCUAAGAAAUUUGAAAGUUGUACUAAAAUAAAACACAACAUCCAAAGGACUGUGUUGUGAAAUGAAUGAUGAUAGAGAAAUUAUUUGUUGGUGCUUCAAAGAAUCAAUCGUUAAAUUAAAAGGUGAUCAUAAAGGCCAAGCCUGGGAAGCAUCAUAUAACACAAAUGGAUACGAUAUUUGAAUUAUAGCAAUAGUUAUAUUCAGUCUAUUUUAUUUUUUUUCUUUUUUUUUUGUCAACAUUAAUAUUCUUGCUCUUUAUGUAGAUUAAUGAAAAACAAAACAGAAAACACAACAUACACAAAGACAGAUAGAUCCAUAUACAUCCAAUACUGAUAGCAAAAAUAAUUGUUGAAUUCACGGCUUUGUUGGUGGUGGCUGUGUAUCUAAGAAUUUAUUCCCCAAAGUUUGGACUUACAUUUAAUUAUUAAGCUCUUAAUAUGUGAUUGAGCUUUUGCUGCAUUUCCUUAACCUUUCCACACAGUCUCCAAAACAGUCUGUUAAUGGCGAUGAAGAUGAUAAUGAUCUUAAGUUAUUUUGCAAACCAAACAAAACGGAUGUUGAAAAACAAAUAUAUAAUUUAUAAUAAUCUCUACAAAUGACUUUAUUUCAAUAAUGACAGCUGAUAUUUUUAUAUGUACAUGUAUUUUAGUUAAAAUAUGCCUUUAAAGUGUAAACCAUAUAGAUUUUACUUAUAUAUUAUUUAAACAUUUUUUAUGUUUAUAUUGUUUUAGAUCUGCCUUUUUUCAAAAUUCUAUACGAAUGAAUUUAGAAGUUCAAUACUUUAGUGAAAUAAUUUUGACAAAAAUACUUAUUACAAUAUCACGUUUAGGUUUUUUUUACUCCUUUACUUUAGUUAUAAACAUGUUUUUAUUGUGUAUUAUUUAAAUGAAAACUGACAUACAUACUAACAAACACUUAUACAUAGAUA